CAAAAACAAAAACGAAAAAGGUUCGAGUGCCGUGAAUUAAAAUAAUAAAUCUAGCCCAAAAUAAAGUGAAUUAAACUGCAGUUAUAAUCAUAAAUUAGGAAUAGAGCCAAAACAAUGAAGCGAAAGCAGGCGAAUAUUCUGGAUAUGCUGAAGAAAAGAAAGCCAGAUGAACCAAGCGACAAUGAUGACAAUACAACUAAAAUCUGUCCAUAUUUGUUAAAUUCAAAUGAUCUUACACAAGAAACAAACUAUACAGUUUCUGUUAUGGCUAAAGUUUAUUUUCGGGAUCAUUCAAACAUAAACGAGGUUCUUGAUCGAUACUUGGAAAGAGAGAACAUUACAAAUGUGAAUAAGGAAAUUUAUUUAUCUGCCAUGAUUCGACAUGUAAUAUCAUAUAGUCGUAUCCGUCGAGAUUAUCCUUUUAACAUGUUUAAAUUUGCAUCUGAUUGUCAUGAAACAAUUGGAAAGUUUCUCUUAAAAUACUUUGAAAUUAAAUCUAACGAGGACUUGGGCGAGGCAAACUUAUACUUGUCACGAACUAAUUUGAUGCAUUGUCAAGUUUCGAUGGACCUCAAUAAUAAAUUUAGACAUGAUGAGGAAGAAUAUAUAAAUCAAAUGAGGGAGAAAGUUGGAUAUAAAAAUUUAAAGCAAUUUCUGUGCAUUGCAAGUAAUCACGCAUUAAGACAAUACUAUCUGGAGCAUAAUCUUUUUGUUAAAUACUAUAUUGAUGACAUUAGUCUCAAAGAAAUGUGCGAAAUUUCAACAAUUAAACGUAUGACAAAACGCGACAUGAAUCAAAAGGGAAUUCCUGAAUCUGCAUUUGACGAAUGCCUUGACAGCGUUUUUCAAGCGUUAAAGUGUAAUAGAGGCUUAGUAAUAUCACUAGAAGGAUUUUAUAUAUUUCCUAAAUACUUGUUGAUAAUCAAUAACUUGACAAGCGAACAGGAACACAUUGUUACUGAGAGAAUGGAUAGAUUUUAUUCUUAUACAAAUGCUAAAGAUCUGCUAGCCAUUUAUAAGAAAAAUAUCACAUUAAGUAAUGAAAGCGACGAUCCUGUUACGAAUCGAAAGGAACGAAGAAAACUUUUCUAUCUCAAAUACAUUAGACUCGUUGAUAAGAAGCAAUAUCCAUUUAACAACUUAUUGUGGAUUAAAAAGGGAGACAUCAUUCGCCAAAUUCAGUGUUCUAAUGAUGCUCACUUAGAUUGUGAAGCUGGCCCUGGUAGUUCAAAUGUUUGGAAGAAGAAAACUGUUACUGAAAAGAAUGACACAGCUCAGGACGAUCGUCAUAGAGAACAGGAAAAUGUCGUCAUAGAGCAUCGAUUAGCACGAAAUCCAAGAGAUUAUUUAUCAGCUCAAAUAUCUGGAUCUAAAUAUGCCGAUAUAAUAUCAAUUUUGAUGAAUGAAAGUGAAAUUAUCGAAGAAAUCAAAAAAGAUGUCAUUCAAAAUCCAUUAUGUGCAAAAAUGUGGAAUAGGAAUUUUAAAUUGAUUUUGUGGAACUGUAUUCACAUCAAUUUGGAAGAAAGAAAUGAACAUUUUAUGAAUCUAUUGAUGAAGUGCUCUUUUGGGAACCGCGACAAACUGAAUGAAAUGUUGAGACAAGCUAGCAUUGAAGUUAAUUUAGUCCACACUAUUGGAGAGCCAAUUGCUUCGUCAACACAAACUAUGGAUAUUCCGUUCGAUGUCGUAUUAUCACCGAUAAACGAUAAUCAAGAAAAAAGGCCAUUUCAGAGUAUCAAUACUGAUGACAUUAUGGACAUCAAAGUUCCCGAGUUUGAAAAUCAAAAGAAGAUAAAGCAAGAAAAAUGUUCCGAACAAUCCGCUAACAGUUCAGAUGUUGAAAUCGUUUCUCUCAAUGUAACUGAUAUUGUUUCAAUAUCAGAUGAAGAAAAUACUAUUAUAUCCAAUAAUCGAGUCAUACCUGAAAAUAAUGGAAUAGAUGUUUACCAACAAAACUUAAAUAUCGACAGUCAAAUCAAUCACCAUUCGAAUGACAUUAAUGCAAGUUUGGAAGCUGAGUAUGGUUUAAUUAGCCACCGAAAUGCGAUACAGAAUGUGACAAACAGAAGAAAUGAUCGAAAUAAGCCUAGCAGAAUUGUUUACGAUUCUGAUUCAACAUCCUCAAAUAAUAAUGGUAAAAGUAAAAAUGCUGAUUGUAACAUCCCUCAAGAAUCCAAUAAUUUUUCUAUCUUCUUUAGCACACAACUAAUGUUUGAUUAUGCAUGUCACAGCACAAUUCAGACGCUUUUAACUUAUGCAAAAGCUCCAAAAUCAACUGUCUCAUCGCCAUAUCAGAAUGAUUAUAAGCCAAGUUUUUUUCUAGAAACACAACGAGUUAUGUUUAUCAAAAAUCACAAGUUUGAAAUGCUCAUUGACUUACCACUAAUUUCAUUAUAUGAUGUCCAUAUUCGGAGUUGUUUUAUAAAAGAAAUUUUAAACUUAAGCAAUCCAGAAUGGAAUGUUCUUCUUUUUAAUUUAAAUUUAUUAAAGAGCUAUGAUUUCGUUAAAAAAAAAAUGUUCAACUCCUUACUUUUCAUAUUUGUAUCAUUUUUUGGCGUUUUGUUAACAACUAAUGCUCAAUCGAGAUGUCAAAAUGAACCAAAUGGAGUACAACUUCCAAUGGCAAACAGUCGAACCACUUACUUGGUUUGUUUAAACGGUUCAGAAAACAUUAGGAAUUGCGCAAGUGGAAGAGAAUUCGAUCCAUUCGAUAGAAGAUGCUUACCGUCGAUUACCAGCAUUACAGGAACCAGAUCAAUUCCAGCUGCUAGAACACAGACUCAUGACUUGUGCUUGAAUCAUCAAGAUGGAACGUAUUUGUCAGAUCCAACUGCCGGAAAUAGAUUUAUUUUAUGUGAAGGGGGUACAAGUUUAACAGGCGAAUGUCCUCAAAAUCAAACUUUCAAUCCACAGACUUCUUUGUGUGAAAUUCAGUCUCGAUCAGUACCAGCUAGAGUCACUAAUUCAACAAGAUUGCCAGUCAAUACUUUCCGAUCAACAACUCCAAGAUCAUCCUUUUCAAAUAAUAACAUGCGACCACCACGUUUAUCACAAAAUGUUGUCUACAAAUCGCCUUUACUUCAAAAGUCUGGAAUAAGUGAAUAUUAAAAAAAUAAAACAAUUCCAACGACCAUGAUUGAAUAAAAAAAGCAAACGAUAGAAAAUAAAAUAAAGCAAAUAUCACAUUGUAA